AUGCUAACUGAUUACGUCGGUAAAGCUGAGGAUGCUGAUAGUGCUCGUAGUUGUCAUAUGUCGGAAUCUCAAACACUGAAUUUUGUCAAUGUUCACCUCUUCCAUGAUGAAUCCAAUUUAGCAUUGAUUCAUGAAAAUCCACUCUUGUAUAGUUCAAAUCGCAAGAGGGCCCUUGACUACGUGUUGGAGCAGCUUGGAGCUGAGAAUUGGAAUAAGUCGCUUUGUUUCGUUUUUGGUGAUCUUAACUUUCGGCUCGAUUCGCCUUCUUUCCUCCACCGCUUGACGGAGAGGGCAUCCGCACAUCCUCUCGAAGAACAGCACGGGUCGGUUACAGAAGGACUUCUGUGUGACAGCUGCACAGCCGUGUCGGACACACUGCGAAGAACCAUUUCAGCAAUUGAAUUCCGUCGGAAGUCUCAAAACGAUAUCAAUGCAGGUUGCGUUCUUCGCAUUGAACGGAAGAGGUUCGACUAUUUCAACCAGAAGAAGUUGCUGGAUGACUGGAAAUCAUAUCUCGAAGAUGACCGCGAGGCAGGCAAUUUCAAGGAUCUGCAUGAACUUCCAAUAAACUUCCCGCCAACUUAUCCAUGGAGUGAAAACCCAGACGAAUCAGAAGUGAUGAUGAAGACACGCCCUCCGGCAUGGUGCGAUCGCGUUCUGAUGAAUGCGACAGCAUUUACAGUAGUGAAGAAAGGGAAUCCCAUCUAUUCUUCUUUUGGUAAAGAUGUAUGCACAGGGGAUCACAAGCCUGUCGCUCUUGCUUUCUCAUUGGAUGUAUGA